GUAACACAUAUCACUUGUUGAAAUAGUCUUACAAUAGUUACAAAUAACAAUAUGAAGACAUCUAACGUCUUGCUUAUUCUGCUUGUUCAACUCAUUGUCUUUUUGCCUCUCCUUUGUUUAUCUGAUGACUUUGUUAGCUCUAGAGCUACCUAUUAUGGCAGCCCCGAUUGCAAAGGAAAUCCUCGAGGAGCAUGUGGGUAUGGAGAAUUUGGAAGAGAUAUCAAUAAUGGUGAAGUGAGUGGUGUUUCAUUGAGACUAUGGAACAAUGGAACUGGCUGUGGUGCUUGUUACCAGGUGAGGUGCAAAAUACCUCCACACUGCAACGAUGAAGGAGUAUACGUAGUGGCUACGGACUACGGAGAAGGACAUGGUACAGACUUCAUCUUUAGCCCUAAGGCCUACGGACGUAUGGCGCGCCCCGGCACAGAGAAUCAGCUCUAUUCAUUUGGUGUUGUAGACGUUGAGUACCAGAGGGUCCCUUGUAAGUAUGAAGGAUACAAUCUGGUGUAUAAGGUCCAUGAGAAAAGCUAUAAUCCUCAUUAUCUUGCCGUCCUUAUCUUGUACGUUGGUGGUGUCAACGACAUCCUCGCCGUUGAAGCCUGGCAGGAGGAUUGCAAAGAGUGGAGACGUAUGAGAAGAGUGUUUGGAGCGGUUCACGAUUUGCAGAAUCCACCAAGAGGCACUCUCACUUUGAGGUUUUUGGUCUACGGAAGCGCCGGUAUCAAUUGGGUCCAAUCGCCAAACGCUAUUCCUGCUGACUGGACCGCUGGAGCGACCUACAACUCCAACAUUCAACUUACUUGAUUCCCUUUUGCUGCUCGUCUCUAUCUCUUUCUCUAGUGUGUUUAUAUACAUAAUAUAUGGUUUUGUCAUGUGUAAUGGCUAUAUACAUAUUUAAAUAAUGUCCUCUAGACAUUUAUAUAAGUAUCAUGUGUUGUGUGUCUAAGAUUGUGAUGAUUUAUAUAAGGUUUUGAGUAAUGGAAUAAUCAUAUAGUGGUAAC